AUGGGGUUACCACUUCAUGAGUCUCAGUGCCCAAACAAUUCUUGUCUAGGAAAGGGUGCAGUUGACAUUCCACCCAAAGCUGAUGGUAGGCUCUCUGCCAUGGAGGCCACACUGGACAAAGAUUGUUCCAUAAAUACUCCUAAACUCUCUGCAUGUUCCUUUAGAGUGCAAUCCAAUCCAGAACAGGCAAGUCCCAAAUUCUCAGGCAUGGGAAUUGGUCAUCCAGAGCAUCCUUGUCUUAGCAAAAUUCAGCUUCACUUUUUUGGUCCACAUCCUACCCACCCUGAUUCCAGACACUGCUUCAUCUUGUGCAUGCCCUCUUGA